AAGGUGAGGCUACACUAGCGGUGCAGUUCGUGUCAGUCAUUCAGACGCGCUGGUUGUUCGCGGACAGACGUGUGUUUUGUGUACGAGUGUACGCGGGCCAAAGUUUACGUCUAUUUUUGUAUCGUUUGCGGAACAUUUUAUACAAAAUGAAAACAGGCUGGUUAGCGUGGGAAUGUAUCGUAUUUGCGAUAUUCAUAUUCGCGUCUUCUUGUGCGCCGUUAUGGCGUCGACGCAGGGACGCGGCGGCGGGCGGCAGCGCUAAGCGAGCAUAUAUUUUUGCUGGAGGCGGAGUGUCAACAUUAGCAAUGAUAUUAUCUGUUGCUAGGGGCACGCUGGGAGUCAGGUCUUUUUUGGGAUUCCCAUCGGAAUUAGUAUACCAUGGGUCGGCAAUGUGGGAGACGCUGUACGGCAUCAUGCUCGCAUUCCCUAUCGUCUGCUGGCUGUUCAUACCCGUUUACUAUCGCCUGCACACAAACUCCGUUUAUGAAUAUUUACAGAUGCGCUUUGGUUCUAACUGGGUGCGUCAGAUGGCAGCAGCGACGUUCUUAGUGAGACAAACACUGAACUUAGCGGUGACAGUGUACACGCCGACUGUCGCCCUGCAUGCGGUGCUCGCGCUGCCGCACUGGGCCUCCGCAGCUGCGCUCACUGUGGUCGCUAUUGUAUUCAAUCUUCUCGGAGGAUUAGCGGCUGCUAUUAGAGCGGAUGUGAUCCAAACACUAACGAUGGUGAUAGUAAGUGGUGCAUUUAUUGUACAAGCUACAGUGAAGGCCGGAGGUCCUGGACAAGUGAUGACUGAUAACAUCGAAGGUGGAAGAUUGGAAUUCUUCAAAUUCACUGGAGAUCCAACUGUUCGUGUUGACACCGCAUCAGCGUUGAUCGGUCAAUUGUUCAUGUCGGUAUCAAUCUACGGCUGUCAACAGACUUUCGUCCAGAGAUAUUGUUCAAUGUCCAGUGAAGCUAGAGUUAGAAGAACUCUUCUAUCAAAUGUUCCUGCGGUUGCUAUACUCUUCUCUUUAUCCUGGGUUGUUGGAAUGGCUCUCUAUGCGGUCUACAAAUACUGUGACCCUCUAUUAGCUGGUAGGAUAUCAGCUCCAGAUGAAGUUCUGCCCUUCUACGUUCAAGACCAGUUCUCCUUCUUGCCUGGAAUGCUUGGAUUGUUCCUUGGAAGUUUAUUUAACGGUGCUCUAAGUUUCCUGGUGUCGAACAUAAAUUCCCUAGCGACGGUGACGUGGGAGGACUUCGUGUCCGCGGCGCGCCCCUUCAAGGGCAUCAGCGACAAGCAGCAGCUCACCAUCAUCAAGAUUAUUGCCAUCAUAUACGCAAUCCUCAUCAUGUGCCUGUCCCUGUGCGUGGGCAUGGUGGGAGGUGUGGUGGAGGGUUCUUUACUGGUAACAUCAGCGACUUCCGGCGCGCUGCUCGGCGUCUUCCUGCUCGCCGCCAUGUUCCCCGUCGCCAACGGCAAGGGCGCCAUCUGCGGGAUGAUCGCCUCACACGUCAUCACCACCUGGAUGGCGGCUGGCAGACUGCUGUAUGUCAACGAUAAAGUGGAAAUGCUGCCGUUAUCAGUUGAGAAAUGUCCAAACGAGACUAUCAGUGUGUAUCACAACGCGCUACCAGUUGAAGUGAACCAGACACUGAUGCUGAUCACACCACUGCUGCAGACCAUCAACAGCACGCACACGCCUCCAGAUACACAGUCUACUACUACUAUCAUAUCUGAUACUCUUAUGAAAAUGUACUCUGUAUCCUAUAUGUGGUAUGCAGUGAUAGGCACUUUAACAUGCGUUAUCAUAGGAACUGUUAUCGGAAUGAUAACUGGUACUGAAGAAGAUGCAUUCGAUGAAAAAUUAUUGCAUCCUUUAGUCGCUAAAAUAGCAAGAAAACUACCCGGACGUGAACGAAAGUUCACUAACGAUGUUAACGAGAAGGCUAAAGUCGAUAAAGAGAUAUCCGAUAAAACUGAAGAAACCAUAAUCGAGGAUGGAAAACCGGAUGUUUUGCCUGUAUUUACAACUUCUAAUAGUAAAAUAUUUGAUAACUACGAAAGGUCAUCGCCUAUUAGAACGAGAUUGUGAUUUGAGGUAAUUUUUCAGGGUUUCCCUCAGGGAUCCAUUAUUGGAACAAUUGUAAUCGUUUAAUUAUUAUUUAAAUAUCCUUUGAAGUGUUUUGAUAUUAAAACUUCAAGGUAUUUAAACAGUCGAAAAGUAUAGAAAACAAUAGAUACUUAAUUUAUAUUUAUAUUUAAGGUAAGCUUGUUUAAGAGAUUUUUUUCUUUAAAAAGGAUACGAGUGUUUAUAUAUUUUCUCU